UGCCACGAGGGAUACUUAUUCACCUUAUCUGUUCUGUUCUGGUGAUUCACCAUUUUUCAACGGAAGAGAGGCGCAUGCUAGCAAUAAAAGAGAUGGCUCGCAUCUCGAGAGUAGGAGGCCAGAUAAUGAUACAUGUGUGGGCAAUGGAGCAAAAACGGAGAUGUGAAAAGCAAGAUGUCUUUGUUCCUUGGAAUCCUUCACCUCCUUCCUGCUCCUCGGGUGAGCCUUGCUUACAUGGAGAACAAAAAUCAAUUCUUCACAAGGACAAAGAGCGGGCUUUGAACCAGCCCUGUCAUAAGUUGGAUGGGACUUCAGAGAGUUUUGAAAAUACAACAGCUUUUGAAGUGGCUGUUAAACCUGUGCUGCCCAUGUCGCACUGCUCAAAGGCUUUCAGAAGCCCUAAUUCAGAAAUAGAGCAAGCAACUAUACAGCUCUCUAUGGCUGCAGAUACUAUUCAUGGUUGCAGCGAAGUCUGUUUACCUGACCUGAUUUCACAUCAGAAAGAAUUAGCUGUCAGACAACAACUUAAAAUAGACCAUCACCCAAACCAAGGAGCUUUCUGCCAACCUCAGAACAAAAGAACAAACUCUUCUCUGCAGAAGGCAGACCGUGAGUGCGCCCUGACCGUGCAGAGAAGACAGCAGACGGGUCCUGGUGGGGCAUGGUUGAGGUACUACCACGUUUUUAAAGAAGAGGAAUUGACUGACCUCAUAGAGCAUCACGUUCCUGAGAUACAUAUUACUCACUCAUACUUUGACCAUGCCGAUUGGUGCGUGUUUGCAGAGAAGGCUGAAGUGUGGAAGAUAUAG